AUUAAGGAUCCUAUAUAGACACGACCGACAGUUGGUUCGAGGGCACGUUCUUUCCUGUCUUCCCUAAAUUGAUAGCUCGUGUGUUGUGGCUAUUAAGAUUCAUUUGGGCGCAAGUGAACUAUCUGUGAAGAAAAUGUCCAAUUUGAAGCAGGUAAUGCAUCGGUUAUUUCAAAGCAACUGCAAGAAAUCCCAUGCGAUGUUUAUGACGAAAUUGAGGUCAACGUUAAAUUUUACGGGUGGGGCAUGGAAUUCGAAUACAUCGUUCGUUCAGUAUUUCAACAAACAGCUGUCCACGCUGAAAGCGCUUGGAAUGCAGUGUAACAUGAUAGCUGCUCACAGAAUCAGGCGCACGAUGCAGAUCAUGAUGCUUUACAGAAAUUUAUACGGACGACAGACCCCAUCCCAGUUUCUGGAGCGGCUGGACUGGCUGAUCAAGGCAAAUCCCAAGGAAAAGAUGCUCUUACUACUUGGAGCUGCAUUCUUUGACUGGAAAUCCAUGAGGAUCACAGAGGAAGAUAUGAAGAAAGUGGAUGAAGACUUAAAACCUUUCUUUGAAUGCAAAGCGUCAGAGCUCAAGUACCAGGAUGCAGAAGGGGAAGUGUGGGAAAAAGUGCUCGAUAUCAACCACCUCAAAGUGUGGCGCUGCCCAGUUACUGGGACAUCUCUUUACAAAUAUAAAUUGUAUGGAACCUACUCUGACAUACCAGCUAAUGCAUUCUUCAAUAUUCAGCUGGAUUUGGAGUAUAGAAAGAAAUGGGACAGCCAUGUGGUACAACUUGAGAAAGUGGAAGAAGAUGAAGAGACAGGUACUGAAGUCAUAUACUGGGCCACGCAUUUCCCUCUUGGAAUGCUGUAUGAUCGGGACUAUUUGUUCGUUCGAAAGUACAAGGUUGAUGUGGACCAGAAUAUAAUGACGUUAAGUGCCAAGGGUGUGGAGCAUCCUCAGUAUCCAGAAACCAAGGCGUUUGUCAGAGUGGGCGAGUACACAUCUCAGAUGGUCAUCCGUCCGCAUACAACGUUUGACGCGAACGGCUUCGAUUACGUGAUGUCAUACCAUGACAAUCCUCACCUCUACGUUCCCAACUACAUCAUCAACAAGUUGACGCUUUCUAGUCUCCCGGCAUUCCUGGAAGAUCUCCACAAAGCCACGGUCAAUCUGGUGAGGUCCAAGGAGAAGAUCCGAGACUAUCGGCACAGCACCAAGGCAUGUGAGCAACCCGAGACCAUGUCCCAGCGUAUCAAGUCGUACAACUACACUCAGCAGCAAUCACCAGUGUAGAGUUUUAAGGUCCCAUGGACUGGUUUUAUUAAGCAUUUUAAUUGCAUUAAAGAAUUUUAGAACAUUUUUUGUGCGAGCACCCAAGACUCAGCAUAUUCAAUCCUACUACACUGCAGGCACCAGGCUAAAAUGUUGAUAUUGAUUAUAAAGCUAUUGUGAAACAAUUUUUGAGACCCAUUGUUGUAAGGAGUAUUAAAUUCGUAUUUUGAUUAAAAAUCGAUAAGGUUCAAUUUCUUUGCUUCUCCAAGACCAUUUCUUAGCAUGUUUAGUCCUUAAACUAGAUCCUGCAAUGGCUUACAUGUAUGCUCACCAGUCUAUUUCUAAUUUUAGGGGGAUAAUACUAAAAGUUAUAUGUAUUUAUAUUAAUUUAUGAUAACAUUAUUGAGCGACACUCUAGGGCCAUACUCCAGCCUGUCAAGUAACAUACUUCAACACUGGAAUGAUAUAAUACGUUUUUAGCUCACCUCUAGUGCUCAUUAAAAGGAUACUGUUAUGACCACCAUACUGUACCUGUGUCCAUAAACUGUUUCUUUUAACUCCUCCUCCUUAUGAGUGCUGGGCAGAUUAUAACACAAAUUCUCAGGGGUGAUCUUUGGUUGACUCUUGCAAAGAUGUUUAACUUUUCCAGUAAUCACAGCUAAACAUACAUGUAGAUUUUAAACAUGAAAAUUUAUACUUUUUUAUUAAAUCGCCAUGGUCAAUGAUGUACUAUUUUGUGUAUGUCACAUGAUCAUAUGGUGGUCCUGUAAAAAUGUGUUCAAAUAUUUCCCCUGGAGUCAAAUUUGGAACCAGCCCUGGUGUUUCUUGUUUUCCAUUUCUUUGUUUAGAACAAAAACACUUCCAUUAAAUCGCAAGAACAAGAGAUUUGGCAUGGUGGUAUGGUGGUCCUCUGACAGGUUUGUUAAAACAAUGCUCCUGACAUCAAAACGGGCCAUGCCUAGGGAACACAAGCUUUAUGUAUACUUAUAUGGUAUAAAACUGGACUAUAGAUAUGGAAAAAUAUUCUCAGAAACACGUAUGUGAUGGGUUUCAUGUUGAACACAGUAUGGUUUUCCUCUUUUAAGUCAUGCCCCAGGGUAAGAAAUAGACCUAGUAGUUGUUUGUUUUUGUUUCCAUAUAUGUAUAUUGUGAAAAUUGUAAAUUACCUCUGAAACCACAUGUCUCAGGGGUUUGUUGUUGAGUGUGCAAAGUUUGUCGAAGAAUAUCCUUGGGGACAAAGUUGGCCACACUCCAGGAGACAAAUAAUUUAUAAAGACAUGUACAUGUAUAGUUAAUAUUGAUUAGCUUAAAAACUCUUUAACAGCAUGCACUAAGGGUUUGAUAUUUGGUGCGGAGCAUAGUUUAGUGUUCCUGUACCAAGUUUGGUCAUAUGCCUUAAGUGUCUUGUCCAACCAGUCAUUUGGGUUCACAUGAUUUAUUUUAGACUUGUACAGUAAAUAAAUUAAUAAAUCUUAUUGUCUAUUGUUAAGCAUUUUGGUGUGCCAUAUUUUGUGGUAGACGUCAUCUAAGUUUGUUAAAAUCACAUCCCUGGGGUCAAAAUUUGCUUCCUUGGGUUACUCUUUGUUUGUUUGUCUUCGUAUAUAGUAAAAUCUUUAAUUUCUUUCAAUGCUGUUUCACAUCAUAUUUAAUCUUUGUUAUACUGAGGUAAAAACCAAGAUAAUAUCCAGUUAUUACACAGACAUCACAAAACCAGCACAUAACAAUGAAAGGAGCUGCAGUUUGAUUUUUACUCUGUUGUACAGAAGCGCGGAUAUUUGACAUUACUUGGAACUGGUUCUUGUUUCUCCUGUUUUGAAGCCUCUAUUUGCACUACCACAAUUAAGAAGGGAUCUGACAUGUUUAACCACUGAAUUUGAACGCUUAUUUGGAAUAAAAAAAAUUAAUUUAAAUGCUGUUUUGUCUUAAAAUACUCUAUUUGAAGGCCCUGCAAGCUUUACGCAAAAGUGAAAAAAACACUGGCUACUGCUCAAUCUUUAACAAAAACCACUCAGUGAUCUUGCAAACUAUUUUUUUCAAUGAUCACGUUAUAAUAAUAACUGUUAAGUGUUUGUUAAGUGUUUGUGUGUGUGUGUGUAAAUGUAUAGUGAAGUUUUAACAGAUAACUUAUGUUAACAUUUAAAUAUGAUAUGUAAAACUCAAGCUAUUCACUUGUAUGUGCAUUUGCCAAUAAGACAUCACCUGUCAGAUUUAAUAUUAAUAAUUAUGUAUGUCAAACAUAUGACUUGUUUUUGCUCUAGGCGUUUUGUAAUAUGGUAAAUUAAAUUUCUUCAGUUCCUUUUCCUAAAGGGCAUAAUAAAUUGUUUAGAUGUGUGCUUGCUUUUUUAUCUGUAUUGAUAUAUUUGGAUUUGAUCAUGAAAUAUUUUAAGAAAUGAAAACAACCAGACCCAAUAUUGUUGUGUAAGGGUUUACUUAAGGUAGUUUGAAGAAUUGGAUGAAUUGCUUAAGAUCGUUCCAAAUAAUAUAAUUUACACAUGCAUUUUAUGACAUAAGAGGUUUUAAGAACAAAAGACUUGUGAACAUCUUUUACUGUUUUGGUAUCUGGGUUUUGUGUACAAGCGAAUGUAAUUUUUAGAAAAAGCGUUUAUUUAGCCUUAAAGGGACUUUGUCGUUUCAACGAUCUGAAUUUGUCAAAAAUAAUUAUAACAUAUAAUAUUGAACACACAACUUGCUAUGUAUAAUAAGAAAACAGUUUAUGCAUUCUGAAAUUUAAAAAAUAUUACUAACUUCCAAUGUAAUUGUGUAAUUUAUUCCUAUGGCUGAACGGGUCUGAUAUACACUUGGGUUUUAUCAGACUUGUUUGUUUCUUGGUUUUUAUCAACUAUCGUAUUUCGUAUUAUAUUUGAUUAUUAAAUGAAUUUGUUUAAGUAUAGUUCAUUUAUCAUAUAUGUACAUUGCGGUAUUUUUGCCUAGUACGUUUAGUCGAUUGUCGAAGUAUGAUAUUUUUUAAGUGUGUUCAUAAUAGGUUAUUAUGUGAUAUUAUGUGAUUAUUUUUAAUUAAUUCAGCUUGAAGUAUUAACACUAAAUUCUAA